GGGGAUAAUAUUUCGCUUUUUAUGCUUAAGAAAAUUGUAGAGUCACAAAAAAGAGCUUAUUUAACGUCAAAUAGUAAAGUUGAAUUCAAGUUUUUUUUCCAAUUAAUUUUAAUUCUACUAAUUUUAUUCUUUUAGUACACGAUCGAAACACUUUAUACAUUUCAAUCUUUUCAUUACAAAAAUGAGCGACGAACUAGUACAGAAGCUCGAGAAAACCAAAAUUGACGAGCAGGAGGAGGACGGAGCCUUCGAUUUGAACACGCUCAAGAAGAAGAAGAAGUCAAAGUCCAAGAAGAUUAACCUAGAUGAGCUUGACGCCGACAAUGAGGCUGGUGCUGAGAGCAAGGCCGAUGAGGACAGCUUUGCUGACCUCAAGAAGAAGAAGAAGUCAAAGUCCAAGACCGUGUCGUUUGGAGAGGAUGAUGGCGCUGCUGAGGAGGCUGGCGAGACCGGCGAGGCGUUUGACAUAUCCUCGAUGAAGAAGAAGAAGAAGUCGAAGAAGAGCCUGGCGGCGUUCGAAGCCGAGCUCGGCGGUGAGGAGACCCAGGCCGAGGCUUCGUCCGAGGGUAAGGCGAGCGAGCCCUGGAUCGGCACUGACCGCGACUACACCUACGCGGAGCUUCUCGGCCGGUUCUUCAGCAUCCUGCGCGAUACCAAUCCUGACUCUGCGGGUAUCAAGGGCAAGUACAUCAUGGGACGGCAAGAAGCGCACGGCUUUGCCAACAUUGAGGACAUUGCCAAGAAGAUGCACAGGCAGUCCGACCACGUCAUCCAGUAUCUGUACUCCGAGCUGGGUACCACCGGUUCGGUUGACGGCAACAAGCAUCUGAUUAUCAAGGGCCGUUUCCAGCAGAAGCAGAUCGAGAACGUGCUGCGCCGGUACAUUACUGAGUAUGUUACUUGCAAGACCUGCAAGGGCGGUGACACGAGGCUUUCAAAGGACAACUCCCUGUACUUUGUCAAGUGCGAGUCGUGCGGGUCUUCGCGCUCGGUGAUGGCGAUCAAGAAGGGUUUCCAGGCUCAGACCAAGGACAAGAGAAAGGCAGAGCGUUUGGCCAAUGCUUAAUCAUCGCGUGGCUGAUUAAUUAUUUUUUGUAGCGAAUUGUGUUGGGGGGUGGAGGUAUUCUUUUUUUGGGGGUAAUCUCUUAAUUUCAGGCAGCACGCACAUGUUUGAUUC